GAAGCGACACGAUUCACUGAGAGCACAAUGUCCAUCUUCCAAGAACUUCCCGACCAACUGUCCGAAGUCGACGUUAUUCUUGCCGGAGGCGGUACAGCGGCAUGCGUAAUCGCCGGUCGACUCUCAGAAGCAGACCCUAAGCUAUCAAUUCUGGUAAUCGAGCAAGGUCCAAACAAUUUCGGCAUCCCAACCAUCAUCCACCCUGCUCUAUGCCUGAGCAGUAUCUUGCCCACCAGCAAUGUGACCUUGUUCUAUCAGGGUAAGGCUGAGAAACAGCUCAAUGGUAGAGAGCUUGUGGUUCCGUCUGGCGGGGUGCUUGGAGGCGGGUCAUCGAUCAAUCUGAUGAUGUACUCGAGGGCGCAACGGUCUGAUUUCGACGCUUGGAAUGUACCGGGGUGGGGUGCUAAUGAUAUGAUUCCAUAUCUGCGAAAGCUCGAAACAUACAUGGGCCCAGGACCCAAGGAGCUACAUGGUGACGAUGGUCCGAUUGUUGUGUCAGAAGGCCCAUAUCGCGCGAACCGAAUAACCUUAGACUUCAUCCAAGCAGCUAACCGAGUCGGCUUUCCUGAAAUCAAGGAUUUGUCGGCUCUGGACUACAAUAAUGGCGUUCAACCUGCUCUGCACUACAUUGGAACAGAUGGCUUACGACAGGAUACUGCGUAUAAGUAUGUCCAUUCAAAAAUAAAGAGCGGGAAUCAUCCUGGGUUGAACGUACUUGUCGACACGCAAGUCAAUCGUGUUAUUUUCGACGGGAAAAAAGCUGUUGGGAUAGAGUUCAGGCCGAAUCCAAAAGUCCGAGCUGAUGGCGGCUUGCGUACAGUGAGGGCAAGGAAAAUGGUCGUUGUAUCUUGUGGAGCUUUGGGAACUCCAUCCGUACUGGAGAGGUCUGGCGUUGGUAAUCCCAAUCUACUCAAAAAGCUUGGAAUCGAAGUCAUCUCUGCUCUUCCCGAUGUCGGUGAACACUACCAAGACCAUCACCUCCUCACGUACCCCUACUACUCCGACGCAAUCGAGCCCGAAACCCUCGACGCCCUUCUCUCGGGCCGUCUCGACGUCGCCGAAGCCAUCAAGAGCAAAAACCCAAUUUUGGGAUGGAACGCACAAGACGUGACUGGGAAACUCCGCCCCACAGCUCCAGAAAUCUCCCGUCUGGGCCCCGAGUUCCAGAAAUACUGGGAUGAAGAGUACGAAAACAACACCAACAAACCACUUAUGCUGACCUCGCUCGUGAACGGUUUCGCAGGCGACCCCACCCUCGUACCUUCGGGCCAAUACCUCACCUCGACAAUCUUCACCGGCUACCCGUGCUCGCGAGGCUCAAUCCACAUCAGCAGCCCUUCGCUCUCGGCCCCUCCCGAUCUCCACACGGGCAUCUUCGUCGACCCAAACGACGUCGAUAUCCUAAAACACGUGUGGGCGUACAAGAAACAACGAGAAAUCUUCCGCAGAAUGACGUCGUACCGCGGCGAAGUGGAGAUCCUCCACCCGAAAUUCGCACCGGGUUCAAAUGCUGCGGUAGGUCGAUUGGAAGAUGAUGGGGAGGGCAAGGAUAGGGGGAUGGAGGACCUGGAGGAUAUCGUGUACACGGCUCAAGACGAUGAGGUGAUUAAGCAGUGGGUGCGGGAAAACGUGGGGACGACGUGGCACUCGAUGGGGACGUGUCGGAUGGGGAAGGACGCCGGGGAAGCGGUCGUGGAUCGGGAGCUGAAUGUGUUUGGGGUGGAAGGGUUGAAGGUUGCGGAUUUGAGCGUGCCGCCUUUGAAUGUCGCGGCGAAUACGCUGAAUACGGCGAUUGCAAUUGGUGAGAAGGCUGCAGAUAUUAUCAAAAGAGAGUUGGGCCUUUGA